GCAGUUUAAUAUUCAAAAUGGAGGAUGAUAUGCCACCUUUCCUUAGUAGGUUAAUAAUUGUCCUUGGAAAGCCAAAUAGUUUAGAUAUCGCCCUAAGAAUGCUAAGGAAUUGGAACAAUAACUGCAUUCCUUAUGAGCAUAGGGCUGUGUCCUGUACUUGUUCAGUGCUGAGUAGAAGAAAGGAAGAUACACAGAGAACUGUUUGUCAAGGCUUUGAUUGGAAUUGUGUGCUAGAGUACCUCAUAGCUAAGACAGCUGCAUUACAUGAGAAUGAAAUAAUUUUGAGCUCACGUUUCACUUCCAAUCUUUCCGAACAUGUCCAGAUUCAAUUUUUAAAUCUUCUUGUUUCUCUUCAUGACUCCAUACCAGCUGAAGUUUUAACAAAAUUCAUAGAACAAAUAAACAGCGAAACAAUUGAAAGUGACUGGAUAAAGUAUCUUUUGAAAAAGCUGGCAAAAUUAGUGACUAGCAAUGCUGCAGUGUCAUCAUUACCAGUGACCACUGUUGAUAAAAUUAAAAACAUUUUUUCUACUGCAAAUGGAGAUAAUGUAGAAUUGGCAACCACCAGUGCAGUCUCUGUAAAGAGAAAAAGGGAACGAAUAGCAGAUAGUGAUGAUGAAAGUGAAACUGAUAUUGGAAAAGCCAAGAAAAAACGUGCUAAACUAGCAGAUUCAGUAUCACAGCAAGACUUAUUAUUACAUGAUAAUACUGAGAUAGGUCAACCUGUAAUACCUGAGGUUGUAGUGCCUGAGGAUAUGGAACUUGAAACUUCUGCAAUGCCAGAUUUAUUAACUGAAGUUAUGAUACCUAAUGAUAUCAAGGUUACUAUUGAAACUAUCAAGAACAAAUGGAGCAAGGGACAAAAAGUAUCAAGUGAUUUGUUUCAAAAGGUGAUCAGUUUGUCACCUCAACAAUUUAAUAGCUGCUUCCAAGAUUUGUCAGAGUCAAGUAUAAAAGCUGCAAUCACCAAUAUAACUGAUGAGAGCAUGACUGAUGUAAGCCAUCAGUCCCUAAUCUGUUGCUUAGAGAAUCUCAUUGUUCCUUUUUUGCUGUCAUUGCAAAAAAAUUCAUCAAGAGGGUUGCUUCUUGGUAUUACUAAUAUCAUUGAAAAGUUUCCUUUAGCAUCACUGGAAGGCAUUCUGUAUCCUUUAAUGCUCUCGCCUGCAUUUAAUACAUGUCAAUGUGAGCUUUUGUGUCAGCUACUCAAGGAUGCAAUCAAUAAUGAACAAAGAGAUGAUCUUUGGAGCAAGUUGAAUGACGCAAAAGAGAAUUCCAAAGGAGAGCCUUUCCUUUGGAAUGAACAACACAUACAAGUAUUGCAACUUCUAAUUGAGAAAGGAGUGAGUGAUAUUGGUGCCCCUAACUGUGUAGAAUCAUUGCAAGCCAAUGCUGGCUACCUCACAAGCUCACUGAAAUUUGCUAAACUGUUAGUGACCUUGCUUAGCAAACAUGGCAGUGAGUUUAUUGACCAUACUACUGUACUGAUUGACAUCAUCUCUGGCAACAACACUCCACUUAGAAAUAAAUUACAAAAAACAGUUGAAGCUAUAUGUAAACUUUGAGUCAUUUAGCAUUAUAUUAUGUAAAUCAAUUAUUUGGCACAGUAAUGCAUGCAACAAGCCAUGUAUCUC